UGCCUCCUCCGCCGCCCUCCUCCCCUUCGCAGAGCACUCAAUGUCGGAACGUUCCGAAGAUGACGUCGGAGCGUUCUCGAAUCCCGUGUCUCUCGGCUGCUGCUGCCGAAGGAACAGGGAAAAAGCAACAAGAAGGAACAGCAAUGGCGACACUGCACCGCAAAGUGCCCAGUCCGGAGGCGUUUCUGGGCAAACCCUGGUCCUCCUGGAUCGACGCCGCCAAAUUACACUGCUCCGACAAUGUAGAUUUAGAAGAGGCUGGAAAAGAGGGUGGCAAAAGCAGGGAGGUUAUGAGGCUUAAUAAAGAAGAUAUGCACUUGUUUGGCCAUUAUCCAGCACAUGAUGACUUCUACCUGGUCGUGUGCAGUGCCUGUAACCAGGUCGUCAAGCCACAGGUCUUCCAGUCACACUGCGAGAGAAGACACAGUUCAAUGUGCAGGCCUUCUCCCUCUCCAGCAUCUCCAGCCUCCAAUUCCAGGACAUCACUAGCACAGGCAAAGACAAAAGCCUGUCUCAGCGGCCAUAACGCUGUCAGCAGCACCUCAAAGCCAUUUAAAACGCCCAAAGACAAUCUACUUACCUCCAGCAGCAAACAGCACACGGUCUUCUCUACAAAGGGGCCAAGGGAAAAACCAUGCGUUCCAGUUCCUGUAGUCAGUUUAGAGAAAAUUCCUAACCUAGUGAAGGCAGAUGGUGCCAAUGUCAAAAUGAGCUCUACAACCACUACCACAACCACUUCCUCCUCCUCUGCUGUCUCCACCCCACCUUUAAUUAAGCCCACCUUGAUGUCCAAGUCAGUGCCACCUUCACCAGAGAAGAUCUUAAAUGGCAAGGGGAUUCUUUCGGCCACCAUAGACAAGAAGCACCAAAAUGGCACCAAAAACAGCAACAAGCCUUACCGGAGACUUUCAGAGAGAGAAUUUGACCCAAAUAAACACUGUGGAGUAUUGGAUCCCGAGACAAAGAAACCUUGCACAAGAUCCCUCACCUGCAAGACACACUCGCUGAGCCAUCGCAGAGCAGUCCCGGGUAGGAAAAAGCAAUUUGACCUCCUCUUGGCGGAACACAAAGCCAAGUCGCGGGAGAAAGAAGUGAAAGAACACCUCCUGACUUCCGCUAGGGAAAUACUUCCGAACCCACCCGGACCGGUGCCUGAUGCUCUGCAAGGAUCUUCCGGGAGCACGGUGGCAGAGCCGAAAGUACCAUCCCCACCAAAACCCAGGCCACUCAACUCUGUACUUCCCAGACCAUCAUCUGCAAACAGCAUAAGCAGCAGUACAUCUUCAAAUCACAGUGGCUACACUCCAGAGCCCCCUCUGCCCCUGGCUGGAGGUGACCUUGCCAGCCGACUGUCCAGCGAUGAAGGGGAGAUGGACGGAGCCGACGAAUCUGAGAAGUUAGACUGUCAGUUCUCCACACACCACCCCAGACCUCUUGCGUUCUGUUCGUUUGGGAGCCGCCUCAUGGGACGAGGGUACUAUGUGUUUGAUAGAAGAUGGGAUCGUUUUCGGUUCGCACUAAACUCCAUGGUAGAAAAACACUUGAAUUCACAGAUGUGGAAGCACAGAAGCCCGAGCCACAGGGCAUCAGGUCCCUCCCCUCUGUUCAGGACUUGCCUAACCAAUCUGCUGUCACUGAGCAACAUUGGGGCUGCCUGGGUGUCAACUCUGGAGAGCGUAGCACCCCGCUGCCCUCUCAACCUCGCUGCCCAAACUCCAGGCCCUGACGGGCCCGAACCUGGAGGGAUGGCAGCCGAUGGGGGCAUGGAAGACAUUAGGAAGAAAAGGAACGGCCAAGACUCUUUUUUCUUUAACAAGCAUUUAAGUCUGCAUCAGGAGACGCCAACACAGUAUUCUCUUUCAGCCAGGAAGAUCCCUCCUGCGGCAGAUAGCCCCAUGCCCUCGCCAGCAGCCCACAUCACCACCCCUGUUCCAGCAUCCGUUUUGCAGCCUUUCAGCAACCCCAGUGCUGUGUAUCUUCCUUCAGCUCCCAUCAGCUCGAGACUCACCUCUUCUUACAUAAUGACAUCAGCCAUGCUCUCAGACGCAGCUUUUGUGGCAUCGCCGGACCCACGUGUCCUCAUGUCCCACACCACAGCUUUCCCCCAUGUGGCUGCAACCCUCAGCAUCAUGGACUCAACCUUCAAGGCCCCCUCUGCUGUGUCCCCAAUACCAGCUGUCAUUCCUCCCUCAUCCCACAAGCCAUCCAAAACCAAAACCAGCAAAUCCUCAAAAGUCAAAGACCCGUCUGCUCGUAGCGACGAACCUCCAAGUAACAAAAAGAGGAAGCCGCAGCCUCCGACUUCCUCCUCCUUAUCCUUGCAGGCUUCCUUCUCAUCUCCAUUGUCAGGGCCCCACAAAAAGAACUGUGUUCUGAAUGCCAGUUCCUCCCUGAACUCCUAUCAGGCAUCUCCUCCUUAUAACAGUCUGUCUGUGCACAACUCAAAUAACGGGGUGAGCCCACUCAGUGCCAAGCUGGAACCCUCAGGACGGACCUCGCUGCCCAGCAGCCCCAUGGACAUAGUGAGACAGGUGGGCGCUGUGGGUGGCAGCAGCGGCUCCUGUCCCCUGUCCGUGCCCUCCCUUGCACUCCAUGCGGGGGACCUCUCUCUGGCCUCACACAAUGCUGUGUCUUCUCUGCCCCUCUCUUUGGACAAAUCAGAAGGAAAAAAGCGUAAGAGCUCAAGCCCCAGUAGCAAAGCCUGUAAGAUCACUAAAAUGCCUGGUAUGAAUAGUGUCCACAAAAAGAACCCACCCAGCCUUCUUGCACCGGUGCCCGAUCCCGUUAACAGCACCUCCUCUCGGCAGGUUGGAAAAAAUAGCAGCCUAGCUUUGUCACAAUCCAGUCCUUCAAGCAUAUCCAGCCCAGGACACAGUCGACAGAAGAACACAAGCAGAAUGGGCAGGAUAAGGACUCUUCCCUAACAAGAUGGUGAAGCCACUUCAAACCAGUCCCGGUUGGGCAUCCUCCCCAGGAGACUAAGUCAGGGGAAGGGAGGGCGCUGGCCUGUGUGGGGAGUGUUUCCUGAAUGCUGCUUGUGGUUCUGGCCUUUCUGCUUUUUUUCACAUGGAAUGUUUAGGUUUUUGUUUGUUUGUUUUGUUUUGUUUUGUUUUGUUUUUUAAAAAAAGGCAAAAGAACCUGAAUUUGAGAUUUACAGAAGCCAGUGUUUGCUCUGUUUUAAUUUGUCAUGUCUUACACAUUCUUCCACGUGUGGAGCUACUCCCCUUGCUCCUGAUGCUGCUAGUGCUCCUGAGGACAGAGGCUGCAGACUGCCGGUUCAGCCCCUCCCAGGUUCUGGUUCCAGGGUGGCACCCGCAGAAGCUCUUGAACGUUAGUACUUGCAGAGCUCAUUCUCUCCUUUCCCACCCUGCCCUUCCAUCCACCUGUCAGUCACUGUGCUCCAGUGGCUGUCAGAAGCUGCUGCCUCCCGCCUGCAGCCCUGGACCACAUGCUGGGAAUUGCAUCGUGGGGUGCAGGUGGACCUUCAACUGGCUUCUGCAGUUCUCCUUGUCCAGAGCCAAAUGCCAGCCACUGAAGUGAGGACAGUGGCCCUUUAACGAUGUGGUUUACUCAGCGAUGUGCAGAAAAGAUAACACUGGUCAGGUACAAGGGCAGAAGGGACCUGAGAGGAAGGGAAGAUGAUGGGAACCCCAUGACUGUGAUGGUCAGAGCCUGUUUGGAAUAUACUCUGAAGAGUACUUCCCUGGUCACCCUGCACGGUUUCCUAAAUCUGGGUCAGCCAGAGACAGAAAACCCAUAGGACUUAGGAGAGCCACUUCAUGAGGUUACACAGUGACCAUAGCUCCUGAAAGUUCUGUAGAUAUCGGGAAGGUUCUGAGGCCAGGAAGGGUCCUCCAGAGAAAAGUCUGCAAGGAGGUUUUUUUUUUUUUUUUUUUGUGCCAAACCCCUUGAGGGAAUAAGAAACAUCACUGAUUGCACAACUAUACCUUAGAUAAGCUUGCACUCCACCAUCAGGUGCCCCAACUCAGACAGCCCAGAUCACUGGUAAAGACAAGCAUCGAGAAGAGGCGUGGGCAGAGAGGCACUGGAAUGCCAAGGCUAGUAAGCUGUUCACAUUGGAGUUUGAAAGAAACAGCAGUACCAUAUGGGAAAUCAGAAAGAGAAUUCACAGCCCGCAACAUGUGUCUGUGCUUUGAUCAGCCAGACACCCUGCGCCGUCCCGAGAUCAGGAGUGAAUGCUAGCUUUGCAGCUGGGCACACCCCCUCUCCCUCCCCAAAGAUCUUCUUCCCAUCCCUUUUCUCCCAACCCAAAGAUGAGACUACUGCUAAGUUUCACCACAGAAUUGAGUCUGCAAAGACGGGAGGCAAAAGGAGUUAUUUCCGUCGAUGGAAUUGCACUGACAGUGUUACUUACAGGAUUCUUAAACUUUGAAAUAUGAAAAUGAAGAUUUUUUUCUUUUUAAAAUCAGAAGUUGAUGUUAGACACCAGGACAUUGGUUGGGUUAUUUCGUUUUUCUUUCUCCAGUGUUAAAAGUGCACUUAUAUGCUGGUUAAUUUAUGUCUGGGGGUAGGGAGGACUGCAAAUUUAAGGGGUGAUUGUUACUUUUUUGUUUAGGGGUUUUUUUUUAAGGUUAAGGCAGAUUUUAAAACUUAUAAAUGUUUAAGAAAUUAUAAAUAAGGUUAGAGCCUUUGAAAAAAAGUUUAGAAGAUAUUCUUAAAGUAAAUUUUUAUAGUGUUAAUUUUGUAAUAAUUUAUGUUUUACUAUAUUACAGAGCUAACUGACCAGAAUAGUUUCAGAAACAAUAUGAAACUUAGGAAAGUUUAAGCAAUGUUUAUAUUUUUAAAAUGUUCUUUGAAUUAUGUUUUUAUUGUACAUUUCUUCAGACUCAAAAGUGUGUACAUAUCUUUGUUAUUUUUGCACAAUUUUUGUCUUGUUCGGUUUUAGAUGUCUGUUGGUUUUUAUACAUAUAUAUAUAAAAAUAUAAAUACAUAAUUUAUUUUGAGUUGUAAAACUUGCAGGAUUAAAACAAAACAAGUCUCAGCAACAAAAUAAGCCUCUGGCCUGUAAACUCUUCAACUCAAAGAGGGAAAACAAAGGUCGAGAGGUGAACCGGCUGCUUCUGAGAAUUAGCGGCUUCAUAGAGACAGAGGGAGCAAGCCGGCUUCAGGUCGGUCCGAUCUGUGUCAUGCAUCCAAAGCUGGAUAAAGAGACUCUCCACCCAAGGCUGCUUACUCUCUUAAGAGACUGCUUUGACCAAAAGGUGAGGACAGUCCCAGAAAACUGAGCAAAAAGGGAAAGCCCACGGUAUUUCUUCCUUCACAGUCAUCCCCGGGUUUACUUUCUGAUGUUCUGAUGUAUUAAACUCUUGUAGCUAG